AUGAGUCAACAGCCCAUCAACCCCCUACCCCACCAACUACACCCGCCUUCCCAGAUCGAUAUCAACCCUUCCCUCCCGACAAAUGCUGAACAGAGAAAAGCUCCUUCCGGUGAACUAGCAUUGGCCUUCCCAGUCCCAACAACCUGGCUGUGCGGAAACUGCGAUACAACACACCCCGUCCUGUCCCUGCUAACCCAACCACACACAGAAUGUACGUGUGGUACUCCCAGUCUGCGUGCCGUCUACGACCAGACCGGCCGCCUCUACCUCUACUGGCGUGACGACCCUACCGUUGCAGACUUGAGGCAAAUGGAGCAGGUUAGGAUCGCAAGGGAGAGGAUGGUCACAGCUGGCGCCGGGAUUUGGCUUCAAGAGAAGCAUGACGGGACACCCAGUAUGGCGAUGCCUUCACCGCAAGAAACGUCCGAGGCGCACUCACUAGUUUGGAGGAUUGAGAAAAGGCUCGGUAGUUGGCUCAAGGAUGGCUCACGGUUUGUGCAUGAGUGGGAAGGGAGGAUCAGACAUCAGCCCUCGUAA